GCGGUAUCCUAGCAACGCGCCGGCAUCCGGAGGAUGUCUGGGCGUGGAGCUGGCAGGUCCGGGGCUGGCUAGGCCUGCAGAAGGACGGGUCCCAGGACCCGCAGAGGGUCCCACACCUGGCCUUCAGUAGGGAUCAAGACGCAGACACCUGCGCCAAAGGGGAGCAAAGCCGGGCUCGGCCCGAGGCCCCCAGGACCUGCAUCUCCCAAUGCCGGAGGAAUCCACCACGUGACCGCCGGACCGCAGUCUCUGACUACAGGACCCCUGUAAGCGCCAUGGCUCCCAAGAAGCCGCCCUGCCUUCCCUCCCUGCUGCUGCCGCUCCUGACGCUGCUUCUGCCCCAGGCAGACACUCGGUCGUUCGUAGUGGAUCGGGAUAAUGACAGAUUCCUCCUGGAUGGGGUCCCGUUCCGCUACGUGUCUGGCAGCCUGCACUACUUUCGGGUACCGCGGGUGCUUUGGGCAGACCGGCUUUUCAAGAUGCGAAUGAGUGGCCUCAACGCUGUGCAGUUUUAUGUGCCCUGGAACUACCAUGAGCCAGAGCCUGGGGUCUAUAACUUUCAUGGCAGCCGGGACCUCAUUGCAUUUCUGAAUGAGGCAGCUAUAGCGAACCUGUUGGUCAUACUGAGACCAGGACCUUACAUCUGUGCAGAGUGGGAUAUGGGGGGUCUCCCAGCCUGGUUGCUUCGAAAACCUAAAAUUCAUUUGAGAACCUCAGAUCCAGACUUCCUUGCUGCAGUGGACUCCUGGUUCAAGGUCUUGCUGCCCAAGAUACAUCCAUGGCUCUAUCACAAUGGGGGCAACAUCAUCAGCAUUCAGGUGGAAAAUGAAUAUGGUAGCUACCGGGCCUGUGACUUCAACUACAUGAGGCACCUGGCUGGGCUCUUCCGUGCAAUACUAGGAGACGAGAUCUUGCUCUUCACCACAGAUGGGCCUGAGGGACUCAAAUGUGGCUCCCUCGAGGGACUCUAUACCACUGUAGACUUUGGCCCAGGUCUCCUGAGCAAGGCUGACAACAUGACCAAAAUCUUUACCCUGCUUCGGAAGUAUGAACCCCAUGGGCCACUGGUGAACUCUGAGUACUACACAGGCUGGCUGGAUUACUGGGGCCAGAAUCACUCCACACGGUCCGUUCAUUCUGUAACCAAUGGACUAGAGAACAUGCUGAAGUUGGGAGCCAGUGUGAACAUGUACAUGUUCCAUGGAGGUACCAACUUUGGAUACUGGAAUGGUGCUGAUGAGAAGGGACGCUUUCUUCCAAUUACCACCAGCUAUGACUAUGAUGCACCCAUAUCUGAAGCCGGGGACCCCACACCUAAGCUUUUUGCUCUUCGAGAUGUCAUCAGCAAGUUCCAGGAAAUUCCCUUGGGACCUUUACCUCCCCCCAGCCCCAAGAUGAUGCUCGGACCUUUGACACUGCACCUGGAUGGGGAUUUGCUGGCUUUCCUAAACUACCUAUGCCCCCAAGGGCCCAUCUAUUCAAUCUUGCCAAUGACCUUUGAGGCUGUCAAGCAGGACCAUGGCUUUGUGUUGUAUCGGACCUAUCUGAGCAAUACUGUUUCUGAGCCAACACGAUUCUGGGUGCCAAACAAUGGAGUCCAUGACCGUGCCUACGUGAUGGUGGAUGGGGUGUUUCAUGGUGUUUUGGAACGAAACAUGAAACACAAACUAUUUUUGACCGGGCAAGUGGGGGCCAAACUGGAUGUCUUGCUGGAGAGCAUGGGGAGGCUCAGUUUCGGGUCGAAUACCAGUGACUUCAAGGGCCUCAUAGAGCCACCAGUUCUGGGGCAAACAAUCCUUACCAGGUGGCUGAUGUUCCCUCUGAAAGUUGAUAAGCUUGUAAAGUGGUGGUUUCCCCUCCAGCUGCUGAAAAGGUCACAUCCUCAAACUCCCUCUGGCCCCACCUUCUACUCCACAAUGUUUGCAAUUUUAGGCUCAAGUGGAGACACAUUUCUCUAUCUACCUGGAUGGACCAAGGGCCAAGUCUGGAUCAAUGGGUUUAACUUGGGCCGCUACUGGACAAAGCGGGGGCCGCAACAGACCCUCUACGUGCCAAGACCCCUGCUGUAUCCUAGGGGAGCCCUCAACAAAAUCACAUUGCUGGAGCUGGAAAAUGCGCCGCCCCAGCCCCAAGUCCAGUUCCUGGACAGGCCCAUCCUCAACAGCACCUUGCACAGGACAUAUGUCUAUUCCCUCUCAGCUGAGGUACAAAGUGACCCUGAGCCAAUGCAGCUAAGUGGGCACUGAGGGAGAGGUAACCCUUGGAUCUGGGACACAGACUGGGCAGGAUCCCUUGGUGCUGGCUAAAGUGACCACACGGAACCACAGGCCACAGGCCUGAAUGUAAGUACAAGGGCAGUUUCCUUGCCAAACUUUAUUGUGAUUAAAGUUCCAGAGACAGUAGCACCUCCACAUACCUCUGUGGCCCUGUCUUUGCCCUGGUUCCUGAAUGGCCCUCUCCCUAGUCUUCCAAAUACUACUCUCUGGUUUCGAGGGGAGGAAGAAACCUAGGGCCAGUGUGAAUGUGCCUGCUCAGGGCCUACAGCUGGCCCCAGACAGAGCUGUAAGAGUUCAGGAAGACGGCUUCCCAGCCUGACGGCGAUGAUCCUGGAGGCAGCGUGUGGAGCAGAAAGAGAAGUCGAGGUAAUGAAAGGGAAUGAGGCCUUGGAGGGAGGUCCCACAGCUCCAGCAGCGUCUGAACAAGAGGAAGAAAAAUGGCUGGCCAGGUACCCCAGAAACUUUCCAAUCCAAGCUCUCCCCACCCCUCCUCCUGCCAUUUCUGUUUUCCCUCCAAAGGUUCCCAGAACAUCUCAAAUCCCCUCAACAAGCCUUCCUGAGUACUGUGUAGGCUCUCAUUCUACUUGCCUCAAAUGGUCCCUACGACAUUACAGUCUACCCGCUCACACCUGCCCCCUCAACAUACCGAACACUGACGAUUGCAGGGUCAGGGAUCUGAGGGCCAGGGGCUCCCAACUGGGCAGCUAGUCGGCGCUCUGCAGCCAGAGCUCUCUGACGGGAAGAGAAGCUGUGUUAAGGUCAAGGCCCCAGUGGUGGAGAGGGUACCCAAGAAGUGACGGCUGCACACUGGGGAAGGGGCAGACCUCUAAGGAAGUCUUGCUGUGGAAGAGAGAGCCUGCAGCCUCACCUUCUCUCGGUCACUGAGGGCGGCAAAGCGCCGCCGCUCUUCUUGCUCCCUCAUCUCCUGCUCCCGCUGCUUCCUCUGCUGUUCCUCUCGCUGCCGCCGGGCUGCCUUCUGCUCCCUUUUCCGCAUCACCUGCCGUGCCUCCAUUUCUGGUGUCAGUGGCCCUGGCACCUGGAGGAGUCCCGGGAAAGUGUAAGCUGACCUGAGCCUUGUUGUAAUCAUAAGCGUCUGGAUUCUUCUCCAUGAACCUUCGGAACUCAUUACGUGUUGAUCUGUCAGCUGCAACUGUAUAUGGUGGCCGGGCCUGGGAGUCCCUAGGUGCGAAAACCCAAAAAAAUGGUUUCAACCUGCCUCCUGCAUCUCCCAACAUCACCCAACCAGACCAAGGGGAAUCCUUUCAAGUAGCCAGUGCCAACAUUAGCCUCCAGAUCAUCCUCUCUCUACCCCACAAGGGAUCGGCAUGAGGACCCUUACUUACAGCACAGUGGGGUCAGCACCUGCCUCCAGCAGCAAGCGAACCACUGAACCUCUCCCAGCUGCGGCUGCUGCAUGCAGGAGGGUGAAGCCACUGGAGCCCAAGGGGGCACUGAGCAGAGACAGAACUCCAGGGUCUACAGGGCUGGCAGCUAGCUGGAGCUUCAGCAUUCCAACAUCUCCGGCUCGGCAGGCAGCUAGAAGCAAGUCCCAGAGCUCUGGCUGACCACGGGCCUUGACCUCAUCCAGGGAAGGCCCCAAAGGGGCUGCAUGUGCCUGGGCUGACUGUGAGGCCUCAUCUUCUAGAGGUUGCUGGGGAAGAGUCUUAAGUGCCCCAGCCUCCAGGUCUCGGCUUCUCUCCUUCUUGUUCCUUUUUCUCCUCUUCUGCUUAGGUAAUACAUCAAACUCACGAAGAUCCAGGGUCGCCAGUGUCAACUCUACUAGCUCCAACUCUACGUCGAAGCUGUCCUCCCCCUCUGACCCUGAACCUAGGAAAAAAUUUGACAUGUUAGAUUCAUCUAAUGAAUAAGCAGAGGCUGCCCAGAUGCUUAAGAAUGUACAUAAAGAGAUAAUCCAGAUUGUCUUGAAAUGAAA